AUGAAUCAGAAAGAUAAGAAUAUUAAAAAUAAUAUUUAUGUUAAUAAAAUAGCAGUAAAUACAAGUGAAGAUAAAAAUGAACAAGAAGGUAAUACUUUAAAAGACAGUAAAAAUGUACAAGAAGAUCACAAGGUACAAGAAGAGCAAAGGCUACAAGAUGAUCAAAAGGUAAAUGAAGAUAAAAAGGCACAAGAAGAUCAAAACAUACAGGAAGAUCAAAAGGUACAUGAAGAUCAAAAGAUACAAGAAGAUCAAAAGAUACAAGAUGAUCAAAAGGUACAUGAAGAUCAAAAGAUACAAGAAGAUCAAAAGAUACAAGAUGAUCAAAAGGUACAUGAAGAUCAAAAGAUACAAGAUGAUCAAAAGAUACAAGAAGAUCAAAAGGUACAAGAUGAUCAAAAGAUACAAGAUGAUCAAAAGAUACAAGAAGAUCAAAAGGUACAAGAUGAUCAAAAGGUACAUGAAGAUCAAAAGAUACAAGAAGAUCAAAAGAUACAAGAUGAUCAAAAGGUACAUGAAGAUCAAAAGAUACAAGAAGAUCAAAAGAUACAAGAUGAUCAAAAGAUACAAGAAGAUCAAAAGAUACAAGAUGAUCAAAAGAUACAAGAUGAUCAAAAGGUACAUGAAGAUCAAAAGAUACAAGAUGAUCAAAAGGUACAAGAAGACCAAAAGAUACAGGAAGAUCAAACGGUACACGAAGAUAUAAAGGCACAAGAAGUUCAAAACGUACAUGAAGAUCAAAAGAUACAAGAAGAUCAAAAAGUACAAGAAGAUCGAAAGAUACAGGAAGAUCAAAAGAUACAAGAUGAUCAAAAGGUACAAGAAGAUCAAAAAGGACAAGAAGAUCAAAAGUUACAAGAAGAUCAAAAGCUACAAGUAGAUCAAAAGGUACAAGAAGAUCAAAAAGGACAAGAAGAUCAAAAGUUACAAGAAGAUCAAAAGCUACAAGUAGAUCAAAAGGUACAAGAAGGUCAAAAAGGACAAGAAGAUCAAAAGUUACAAGAAGAUCAAAAGCUACAAGUAGAUCAAAAGGUACAAGAAGAUCAAAAGCUACAAGAAGGUCAAAUUCUACUAGAAGAUAAAAUAGUACAAGAAGAUCAAAGGGUACAAGCAAUAGAUAAGAGUGAAGAGGUUAUUGUUCCUGAAAUUAAAAAGGCCAAAACCAAUAUAUGUUUAAAGCUAUUAAACAAAAUUCUAAAGCCAUUUAAAGGAUGUUUGAUGAGACGAAAGUUACAAAUGGAAGAUCUUAAAACUAUACCAAAAAAAUUACAGCAGCCACAGAUAAAAAAAAAAACAUCCGAGGAUCAAGAAUGGUUCAUGAAGGAAUACGAAAAACACAUUGGCAAGAUUGUACCUAAGCCUACAGAUUCAUUAUUUUUGACUUGGAACGGGCCACCUCUAAAGCACUGUUUUUGUCCUUAUGAAGAAUGUUUUUGCAGAGCAGACUCUGUUCUCAAGCCGGGUAAAAUUCCAUGGAAAUUGCGUUGUGAAUGGAACAAUAUGUACUUUUGUCAAAUGUUCUGUGGUUAUCCAAAAAGUAAAACACUUUUGGACACAAAAGAAUUCCUUAAUGAACUGAAAGCAAGGUCAACUAAUGAAGAAAAUCGAUAUAACAAAAUGGCUUGUGAGUAUUUACCAAUUGAAAGUAAACCUAAAUACAUAAUUCCGGAAGAUGAUGAGAUUUCCGAUAUAAUUGAAGAAGAAAAGCCUAAAGAAGAACCCGUGCCCCAAGUUGUAGUUGAAAAGCCUAAAGAAGAACCUUUGAUCCAAGAGCCAAUAAAGGAAGAAGAGGACAUUCCCAUUUGCAACCCAUACAAUUGCACUGGUAAGGAUUUAUGA